GACCCCCACAGCUUGUUUAUACAACGACUCCCAAAUGAUGCGCUAACAAUAGAGGGUAAUUUACCUCGGCGAUGGGAAAUUUACACGGGUUAUCAAAUAAACCAUCCAAAAUGCUGAUGAUAUUUUGAUUUCCUUCUGUAUAUCGUUUUCGGGUCGAGAUACCGCGAGAUGAGGUGAUCAUGUGAACAUAUGAAUACUACAGACAUAAAAAAAAAACCUCAUCGUGACGCUGCAUACGUCCUUACCGUGACUCCAGAACAUACCUAUUUACAAGAUGAAGGAAUGCGCUGAUUUUUUGGUAGACAAAUAACGAUCUUAUUGGGUCGGAAGAAGGUAACGAAUCUUGCGAUAUAUCUCUCAUACUUGGAAUCACUGACUGCAGUCGUUGCCUAUCAGACGGUACAAAGGUCGGAGGGAGAGGUGAACCGAGAUAAAGAACUUAAAAAAAAAAUGCAUGUGCGUUCUCUAUUCUAAGGACAUUCAGCACCAAGAUGUUCGGGUACUCGUUCCUGGUUUUAAUUGUUCUCUGCACAACCAAUGCACGUGCGCGCGCUGACAGUAAUGCGCUUUCGAACGAAAUUACUGAAAUAAUUGAAAACACUAUGAAAUGUCGGAACAACCCCGCUCUUGCCAUUUCUGUUGUCAAAGAUGGGAGUGUUGUGUAUUCUCGCGGAUUUGGUUCCAGGGAUUUGGAUCAUCAAGUAAACGUGACCAGCUCUACAGUGUUUGGGGUGGCUUCUUUGUCCAAAGCAUUUGCCGCCACCUUGAUACUAAAGUUACUGAAGGAAAAUCGCAAGUACAAUGUGGACACACCACUUCGUGUCGUGUUUAACGAUGAUAACUUGUUCAAAGACGAUCUUCUUUCCCGGCAUGCCACUAUCCGGGAUUUGCUAUCUCACCGCAUGGGGAUCCCUGGUAACAACGCCAUUCGAUUGGAUACCAAUUUAACCCGGGAAAAUUUAAUUCAGAGGUUAAAAUAUCUGGAGAACACAGGCAGGUUUAGAGACAGUUUUUACUACAGUAAUCUUAUGUACGGACUAUUGACCCGGAUAGCCGAGAUGAUUGGCGGGAAACAAUGGGAAGUGUUGGUCAAAGAGCACAUCUUUGACCCGCUAGAAAUGACGUCAUCAAACUUUGCAACAACUGCAGAUCCUGAAAAACUUGAACUAGCCAUAGGCUAUAAUGAUGACUAUGGUGACCUAAAAAAAGUGCCCUGGCAGUUAUCCAAAUUCUGGGGACAUUUGUGUGGGUCGGGUUGUGUUCUGAGUACAGCAGAUGAUAUGGCAAAAUGGAUGCUGUUUCAUCUGAAUGGUGGCAAAACUAAAAACGGAAGACAACUCCUACCGAAAAGUGCACUGUCUGUGUCGCAUUCCCCGCAGCUAAGAGUAUCUGGCAGCACAAUAUCAAAAUAUUACACUCGACCAAUGACCCCAGUUACCUUAAGUGAAGACUCUUAUGGAAUGGGUUGGAAAAUGGGAUACUACAGAGGAUACAAAAUUCUCUCUCAUACCGGAAGUACAUACGGAUACAAGGCCAAACUCACGCUGUUUCCGGACAAAGAUUUUGGUGUCUUCAUUGCAAUGACCGGAGAUGAUCCAAGUUACCUAUACCGGUCAAAUAUCCACAGCCUUGUCUCAGACUUGUACUUGGGCGAGAAACCCUGGCUGAAUGCUACGAUAAUAUGCUCAUAUCCAGAACCGUUCCGCACCAAAUCAAUUUCAUCCAGACCCCAAAUUGACACAACUCGAACCCCUGCUCGGAACAGCAGUGACUAUUUAGGCGUGUACAAGAACACGCCUUAUGGUUAUGUAACGGUCACGAAGGACAACAAUCAACUCAAGUUAAACUACGGGUUAGGUCAAUUUGACCUGUAUGCUAAAACAACCAAGGACGAAUUCUAUAUUCAUUCUGUCGGUCUGUCUUUUGGAAUGUAUAAUUAUAAAAAUCUAAAGUUCAUCCAAUCAUCAGAUGGAACUAUAUCUGCCGUUGAGAUCUCGGCUUUCGAGUAUAGAAGUCCUCCGGUUUUUACAAGAAUUUCUGACUCACCGGUCAAUAGUGCAUUUUCGCUCAAUAUAUGUUUCGCAUCUUUAUUCCAUCAUGUUUUGAUAGUUUUUAUCUCUAUUAUUGUAUUUUGACGCUUUUAAAAGCGCGUUCUUCUGUAGUUAUUUUAUCAGAGAACUUUUGAGAGAGAAAAAAUGAAAUUAACUCGCGUAUCCUUUAGUUUUGCAUUGUUCAAAUCAUCGGUUCGGAUUAUUAUCUGGAGUCGACAUACCUGUAGAUGGGAGAGGGUUUGGGACGAUGACUUUUAAAGCGUUACAUUCAUAUUUAGCCUACAUGACUGUCUCUUCUGUGAAGAGUGGUAUAGCAGGUUCUUUUAAAAUAAAAUACAUGUAUUCGAA